GCAAAGCGCGGGCGUGGCCGGGCGGCGGCGCGGCGGUUGCGGCGCGCGGCGGUUGGCGCGGGCGGCGGCUCCCGGCGGCGACAUGCGGCCCGCGGACGUGGUGGAGCUGGCGGAGCCCGAGGAGGUGCAGGUGCUGGAACCCGAGGAGGACUUCGAGCAGUUCCUGCUCCCGGUCAUCGGCGAGCUGCGGCCGCGCGGGAAGCUGUGGGCCGUGGACACGCUGCUGGUGCGGAUGCAGGCGCAGGGCCAGGCGGCCGAGGGCGCCCGCGGGGACCCGGCCCCGGCCCCGGCCCCGGAGGUGGCCAAGAUGGCCGAGAUGCUGGUGCAGCUGGUGCGGCGGAUAGAGAAGGGCGAGUCGGCGUGAGCGCGCCGGCCGGUCCACCGAGGAUCCCACCCGUGGCCACGAGGAGCCGGCACCUUGAGAACUCGGAGCAGCUUGUUUUCUCUGUUUUUGUGUUGUUCUUGUUGUUGUUCUUCUUUGACCUCUUUCUCCAUUGUAACACUGUACCUCGGGGGUCAGGGGUUGGCGACCUUCACGUGAAUAUGGUCAGAUUGUUGGUUCCUAAAAUAUAGGCCUCCUGGUUCCCUGAGUGGGCCGGGCUGGCCGAUCCCAAAGUCGUUUGCUCACAUUUAUUCCCGCGCAGCCGCGUUGUUGAAAUGUCAGAUGUUGCCGGUGGCCUUUUACUGUGCUGAUUUUUACUGUGACCCAAUUUUUUGGAACCUGGGAAUGGGAGGACCGGGGCAGAGUCUUCAGCCCGGGCUGCUGGGAGCUUGGAAGGAGACUCCGGGAGGAGCUGGAGCUGCAGCAGGCGGGCGGCCUGGGCACGCCCUCCGUGUGGCGCUGUGGCACGCUGUGACCCAUCGGUCGAGUUUAUGCAGAGUGUAGCCAGACCCUGGGGACGCAAGCUGAGUAGGGAAUGACAGCCAGGUUCCUGCUGUGGCCCCGCAGCCCAGGGCUUUCGGUGAAUUGCGACAGAGACAAUCUCGGGGACAGCCAGGAGCGGCGGCAUUUAGGGCCCGCAGAGCCCGUUAGUUCUUCAGGGUGGUCAUUGACGGGGACUUCGGGUGAAAACAUGUUCCUUUGCCUUGUAAAACAAAUACCUGAAAAAGCUUUUUCUUAGGUAAAUAUUUUGUUUAAAAGACCAAAGCCCUUUGUGUGAUACGAGUUAAUAAAGUUCUUUGGAAACGGA